AUGGCACCUCAUACCAUCUCCCUCACGCACGACGAGGUUUGGACUACUUCUGGAACCAGCGAAAGUGAAGGUGGUGUUAAGAUCUCUCGCAAGGGGAAGAAAAUCAUCGAAGAUACUACGCCUCCGCCAUCCAGUCAACCACGUCCAGAACCAGACGCUUCCUCGGACAGUGCGAGUUUAUUGGAGAACUACGACAUCGAUCCUGCACACGAGGAGUUUGUAAGGGAGGUCCUGAGUGUGGCGCCGCCGGGGGAGGUUAUGCAGUUGGGUGUUGAUGUUGAGAGGGUGCUUGAGAUGGCGAAGAAACAGAUUGAGGGGGUUGCGAGGGGGUUGGUGGCUGGGGAGGAGGGGAGGAAGAGGAAGAGGGAGAAAGGUGGAGAGAGAAGUGCGUUAGUGAAGGAGGUGAUGGCUAAGAAGGCUAAGAAGGCUAAGCUUGGUGAAGAGGGGAAUCAUGGGACGGCGUUGACGGAGGAGGAGAAGAGGGGGAGGAAGGCUGCGAAGAAGGAACGGCAGAAGGCUAGGAGGGCGCUUGAGAAGGCUCAGAGUGGUGCGGCGAAGAAGGAUGGUGUGUUGGAGACGAAUAUCGCACCAAAUAAGGAUUUCGCGCCAAAGAAAGAAGAUAUCAAGCCAUCCACGGAGACAUCGAAGAAACCUGCUGUCAAACAGACACCUGUUCCGGUACCUUCGUUUCCAAAACCUAAAUCCGUCAACGAGGUUCGAAGGAGCUCUUCGAUGAGCGAGAGUCCUGUUCCGGUACUGUCGACUAUACGACCUCGAUCUACUGUAGGGCUGAGGAGGGAUUCCUCUGCUAUGAGCGAGACACCUGUUCCGGCACCUCGAUCUGUUGCGAGUCUGAGAAGAGCUUCUUCUGGCCAGACUCCUAUUCCAGUUCCAUCACUCUUUAAGUCUAAGAUGCCAACAGUGGCGAGGAUAGACUCUUCGAUGAGCGAGACUCCUGUUCCUGUACCUUCAGUUCCGAGCUUUAAAAGAGCUUUGGCGGCGCCCAUCGUUACUGUUACGUCAAUUGGAGCUUCUAAGGUCGAGGGUGAUGAUCAGGAUGAGAAAGAGACAUCAAAGCUUAGCUCUGAAGAGAAAGCACAAAGAAAGGCAGCGAAGCGUGAGCGGAAGAGAUCGGAGAAACAAUCAGAGGUUAUUACUACCAUCGAGUCCACCGAAUCCGUACCCAAGAACAAGCAGUUAAAUGGCAAGCUCUCGGCCAUUGAGUCCUCCAUUCCUGCGCCAUCGAGAAAGCCCACCACACCUACAAAAUCUCAGAAGAAAGCGAAAGUAGGACCCAUCAAAUCUGAAUACUUCUCUGAACCAACUCCCACUAAAGCCUCCCUAGAAGUCACCGAAGACCGAAAAGCACGUAGAAAAAAGAAAAUAGCACUCCGCAAAGCUGAAGCUUUGAAACCUACGCCCGCCGGAUUGAAUCAGCUGAAGCAAGAACAAAUCCAAGAAAUCACAGCCGGAGCAGCAAGAUUGGAGAACUGGUCUCAGAAAGCUGAGAGCGUCAAGAAACUCGCGACGGGAUCGGGCUUGCCAGAUGAUUUGGUUGCGAGUCUGGCUAAGGCUAGGGAGGCGGUUGAGAAUGCUAUGUUGUUAGGUAUUGAGGGUGCGGGGGUGGUAGAAAAUGGCGAGGGUGAGAAGGAUGAGAAGAAGAAGAAGCGGAAGAGGAAGAGAAAUCAUAAUUUGUUGAAUGAAAGUGGUGAGAAGGGCGAAACUGUGGAGCUUGCGGCACCAGAUGAGACUAUUGUUGAUGAGAAAGAUGAGGUUGCACCUGCAGAGGCUGAUGGGCUUGGUGUUUCUGCUAAGGGAAGUGAGAAUAAGAGGCAGCGGAGGGAUAGGGGACGGAAGCCGAAAGUGGAGGUGCCAACAGAGGCUGGGACUGCUGAGGUCGUGGCCGUAUCUGAGGAGACUGAGAAACCGAAGUUGAACAGGAGAGAUCGCGGUCGUAAAUCAGUCGCCGAGGUCUCGAAGACAACUGGCAAUCAUGCAGAGCCUUCGCUGGACACGUUUGCGUCGGAAAUUCAGGCUUCGUUGGUUCCUGAGAUUGCGAUGCUUUUCGACACACUAACGGAAUCUAUGCCAAAGAUACCGAAGGGGUCGCAGGUCGAGAUUACGGCUGCAGUUGAGCCGCAGGCGUCACAAACGGGAAAAGAAAAGAAAGGCAAGAAGUUGAAGAUGCCUGUGUCGGCACAGGUUGUAACUGCGGCUGUGGAGCAGUAUGACCCAGUCGUUGAAGUUGCUUCAUCACCAGCUAAGACACCGAAACGAUCGAAGACGAAGACUCCCAAAUCUUCUAGCCAAGAUAUCCGGAUACCCUCGUCACAACCCGAAUUCCCACUACAACAACAGUCCCAGCUCACAGACCCAUUCGUCGACGCAAAAAAUACAGCCAAAGACGCAACCAAGCUAUCACAGCCCCUCUCCGAACUCCCAGACACCAACCGCAAAGUCAAAAAUGGACGUAAAAAUCGACUAAGCAAGACAGUUGCGGGAGAAUCUGCAUCAAAAGAUCACCACUCGAACUUUAUGGAUGAAAGGCAAGAUGAGGGGGUUGAGUCUGAUAGACGUGAUUCAGUGAGAUUGCCGAGCGAUUUGAGGGGGAGGUUUGCUUCUGUUAGGAAGAGUGGUGGUGAUAUUCCGAGUGUGGGAAUGGCAGAAAGGGGGAGUGGGCUUGAUGAUGAGUCUGCACCGAUGCUAUCUGAGCGAGAUGGGAAGGGCAAAUUCGAUGGCUCUUUGGCACUGCCCAGGGAUAAGAAAGGUCGAUUCUCUUCUGCUAAGAAAGACAGUGCCGAGAGAGAUCUGGCGAGCAGCACGCCUGAUAUCGUCAACUCAGCGGCACUAGUGCGAAACAAGAAGGGUAGAUUCUCUUCUGUCAAGCGAGCCAAAAAGGAUGCUUCGAAGGACGCUGCGAAGUCUUCAACUAUGAGCGAUAACAGCCGUCGACCUUCCUCUGCUAGCGAAGCCUUUGUCGACACCCCCAGUUUAGAUAUCAGAGACAGACGACGAAGCUCUUUAGCUGCUAUAGACAGGAUCGCCUUGCAAGCAUCGCUUGAAGAUCAAGCAUCCACUAUCUUCGAUCAAUUCGUCGACGAUGUCCCUUCUUCGACUGUCUCUCGUAAAAGGAGAACUUCUGCGCCUGCGGUGAGUAGGUCACUUUUCGGGAAAGGUGUACCUGCUUCAGAUGAUGGAUCUGUUUGGGAAAUGCCUGUGCCGGUAAGGAACGAGAAGGGGCAGUUUGUGGGCGAGAGUUCUACGUCUGCGGUGAACAGAUCAUCUUCCAAGCCUUUGCUGAACACAUCAACCCCCAGUAACAAGAGAGCUACUUCAAAUAACAAGGCCGCCUCGGAUGACGGGUCGUUAUGGGAAAUGCCUGUAUUCACAAGGAAUCAAAAGGGACAGUUCAUAAGCCAGACUCCUGAGAAGAGCCCAAAGACGAAGGUACGAGAUUCUGCAAAAUCUGCAAAAUCUCCAGGCUCUAUGUCAAGAGCUGUUCCUACGCCAGUCGCGAAUGAAAACGCCAGUGAAGACGGGUCUGUAUGGGAAAUGCCUGCGAUCCCAAGGAGCCCAAGAGGACAACUCGCAGGCCAGAUUUCUGCAAAAAGCGCAAAAGCGAAAGCACCGAAUUCUGCAAAACCUGCAAGCGCUAGAUUGACAGACGUUGCUACACCACAAGAGAAAGACGCUGCUAUUGAAGACGGGUCUUUGCCGGAAGCGCCUGUACUUCCACGGACUUGGAGAGGACGAUUCGCUAAGAUCCGGACGAAGGGAAAGAAGAAAGUAGAAGCUUCAGCAAUAUCUAAAAGCGUCAAAUCAGGAGAUGUUCCUACACCAGAUGCAAAAGAUGCUGCUAGGGAUGAUGAGCAAUUCUUUGAUACACAAGAAACAGCUGAGGAGCAAAUUGAGGAUGCCAGCGACCAUCCGGAUCCCUCGACAAAUGUACCAGUUGUUGUGACGGAAUCACCAAUAAUACCCAAGCCUAUCGAUGAAACUGAUCACUCGUUGUCGAAUAAUCCUGAUGCCACUAUGACACCACAAACCCUAAUAAGCCCCGCCCAGCCAGCUCAUCAACCGAACAGUUCUAGACGACGGACAUCUAUGUUCUUCUCUCCACCAGCGAAAAGAAUGAAACGGAAUAAAGCAGAAGACUUUUUCGAAAAAUCCGAAAAGCCGCUGGUGGAGUCGCCCAAUAAGGUGGCUCUUCAAGAGGAGGAAGCUGAGAAUUCUCCCAUUAGGCUGGAAACUCAAGAUGUUGUCCGUGAACUCCCAGAAGAAGUCAACGAAGCUACCGGCAGCCCAAUAGUAGCAAAAGAGAAACCGAAACGUCCUCCAGCCAAAUCACCGUAUUUCCAGAUACCUACAGCAUCACCUGCCAAGAAAAGCAAAUCAAAGGCCACCAACAUUGUCGAAGGGGAACCCUCAACCAGUCUCCCACCCUCAACGCCUAAAAAGUCCAGCCCAUCAAGUCCUAAUAGACGCUCACCUGGAGGCGUCGUAUCAUGCAUCCCCUUCCCACCACUCUCCUCCCCAACCUUCGGCCUCAUCCAAGAAAAGCUCGCCCACGACCCCUUCCGCCUCCUCAUCGCCGUCACCUUCCUCAACCGCACCCGCGGCAAACAAGCCAUCCCCGUCUUCUUCUCCCUCGUCGAAAAAUACCCUACCCCGUCCGCCCUCGCCGGCGCCAACAGAGAAGACAUCGUCGACAUCAUCAAACAUCUCGGCCUCCAAAACCAGCGCGCAGCGACGUAUCAACAGUAUGCUAAGCAGUGGAUUGAGGAGUCCCCGGUGAAGGGAAAGAGGUAUGCGGUGAAAGGGUAUCCGGAGUAUGCGGAUGGGAGGGAUGUUAAGAGGGGUGAGGUGCUGGGGGAGGGGGAUCAGAGGGUCGGUUGGGAGAUUGGUCAUAUGACGCAGGGUCCUUAUGCUAUUGAUUCUUGGAGAAUCUUUUGUAGGGAUGAGUUGAGGGGGUUGGCUAGUGAUUGGAAUGGGAGGGAUGCAGUGAGCGCAGCGAACGUAGUCAGCUCGUCGAAUACCGACCGAGAAGCCAAUUCCAUCGGCGAAGGCAAGGUCUUCCAACCAGAAUGGAUGCGCGUCCUUCCCGAAGAUAAAGAGUUGAGAGCCUAUCUCCGCUGGAUGUGGUUGAAAGAGGGGUUUGAGUGGGAUCCGUUCACGGGUGAUAAGGAUGUUGCGUCUGAGAGCUUGCUGAGAGCUGCGGAGGAGGGGAGGGUGGUUUGGGAUGAGAUGGGGGGGAUGAGCGUGUUGGAUGAGGUUGGGGUGUAG